AACCAAUCACUCGAGUUCUGGUGGAGAGCGGCAGAGCCAAUGGAAAUGCUCGUUGCGGCAGCUGCCGGGUCCAAGCGCCGGUAGGCGGUGCCGGGGGCGGGGUGCGGGUGGGGAAUCAGUUGCCAUUUGGAGUGAGGAGCAGGCGGAGGCGGCGGCGGCGUUUGCGGUGGCGCGGAAUCCGCGGAGAGCCAGACACCUCGAGGCCCUUUCCUCCUGCCCAGAUCCCCAGAAACAGGGGUCCGGGCCCUCCCUGCAGUUGCCAGGCGAUCCCGCGCGUGCAGCCCUGCGAGGCAGCGAGCGGCCCCCGAGGCUGCGUGAUCCGGACUGUUGCCCCUCUCCCCUGUCAGCGCGAUGCCCGGGGCGGCGGCGGCUCUGGGCUCCUCGCGGCCCCGGCCGUGACCGCCACACCGAGCCUGGCCCGGCGGUUGGGGCCGUUGGGCGUUUGUUUUCGCAGCCUUCCCCUCCCCCUUCGCCGAGGCCGCGGGGGUGCGCGUUGGGAAGGGGGAGCCAAGAGACUCCUCCUCCUCCCCGAUACCCCCGCCCCUCCCCCUUACACACUCGCACGCACUAUCGCGCCGGCUCCCACACGCUCGCGCGCCGCCCGCUCCGCGCCUCGGUGUCGGCCGGUGUCGUCCCGGGCCCGCGGAGCCACCAUGUCCACUGCCUCCUCCUCCAGUUCCUCUCAGACCCCUCAUCCCCCGCCGCAGAGGAUGCGGCGCAGCGCCGCGGGCUCCCCGCCCGCCGCCCCCUCCGCUGGUAGCGGGAACGGAGCGGGCGGCGGCAGCGUGGGUUGCGCCCCGGCUGCGGGAGCCGGCCGGCUGCUGCAGCCCAUCCGCGCCACGGUGCCCUACCAGCUCCUGCGGGGCAGCCAGCACAGUCCCACGCGCCCACCCGCCGCCGCCGCCGCCGCCGCCGCCUCGCUGGGUAACCUCCCGGGGCCCGGCGCGGCCCGCGGCCCCAGUCCGCCCAGCCCGACGCUGCAGCCGGCCGCGGCCCCGACCGAGCCGACGCCGCGGGCCAAGGGCCGCCCGAGACGGUCCCCCGAGAACCACCGGAGGAGCAACUCACCUGAGAGACGGAGCCCCGGCUCGCCCGUGUGCAGAGUGGACAGGCCAAAAGCUCAGCAAGUUCGAACCUCUAGUACAAUAAGGCGAACCUCUUCUUUGGAUACGAUAACAGGACCUUAUCUCACAGGACAGUGGCCACGGGAUCCUCAUGUUCAUUACCCUUCAUGCAUGAAAGAUAAAGCUACUCAGACACCUAGUUGUUGGGCAGAAGAGGGUGCCGAAAAGAGGUCACAUCAGCGUUCUGCAUCAUGGGGGAGUGCUGAUCAACUAAAGGAGAUUGCCAAACUGAGGCAGCAGCUACAACGUAGUAAACAGAGCAGUCGGCACAGUAAAGAGAAAGAGCGUCAGUCACCUCUUCCUGGCAACCAUGUAACCAUCAAUCACACUCAGGCUACUGGAUCAAGAUCAGUCCCUAUGCCACUGUCAAAUAUAUCAGUGCCAAAAUCAUCAGUUUCACGUGUGCCCUGCAAUGUAGAAGGAAUAAGUCCUGAAUUAGAAAAGGUAUUCAUUAAAGAAAAUAAUGGAAAGGAGGAAGUGUCCAAGCCUUUGGAGAUCCCAGACGGCCGAAGGGCCCCGCUCCCCGCUCACUACCGGAGUAGCAGCACCCGCAGCAUCGACACGCAGACCCCCUCCGUGCAGGAGCGCAGCAGUAGCUGCAGCAGCCAUUCUCCGUGUGUGUCUCCCUUCUGUCCCCCAGAAUCCCAGGAUGGGAGCCCUUGCUCCACAGAAGAUUUACUCUAUGAUCGUGAUAAAGACAGUGGGAGUAGCUCACCGUUACCCAAGUACGCUUCAUCUCCCAAACCAAACAACAGCUACAUGUUCAAACGGGAGCCCCCAGAGGGAUGUGAGCGAGUGAAGGUCUUUGAGGAAAUGGCGUCUCGUCAGCCUAUCUCAGCCCCUCUCUUUUCAUGUCCUGACAAAAACAAGGUUAAUUUCAUCCCAACCGGAUCAGCUUUCUGUCCUGUAAAACUUCUAGGCCCUCUCUUACCUGCCUCCGACCUGAUGCUCAAGAACUCUCCUAACUCUGGCCAGAGCUCGGCUCUGGCCACUCUGACCGUCGAGCAGCUCUCCUCCCGGGUUUCCUUUACAUCCCUUACUGACGACACCAGCUCCGUGGGCGCCACGGAGGCCUCCGUCCAACAGCCGUCCCAGCAGCAGCUCCUGCAGGAACUGCAGGGUGAGGAACACAUCUCUGCUCAGAACUAUGUGAUCAUUUAAAGUGAAGGGGGAGCUGGCCUCUACCCUACCUUCAUGGAUUAGGAACUAGACCUCAGACAUCUUAUCUGCAUGGAGUGACAAACUUUUUGAACACCACCACCACCAACAGAAUACUUAUCAGCAUCAUAAAGUAUCUCUUGACACUGAUCUUGGCAGGGACGGAACUCCUAUUCAGCAGUUUUUGUGGAAAGCAGUAAUGCUUGCAAAAUGUGUGUGUCAUUCAGCAUUUUAAGUGGAGACUAUGCAUUUCAUAGUAUGUUUGACAGAGUAGUAGUGUGUCCUGUGUUUUGUUCCAAAUUCUUCAGUAUAAAUAAGCUCUAUAUCAAAAAGUUGCCUGUCUAAAUAGAAAAAUGUCUUGCUGUGUUUUGUCCUAUGGAAAAUACUGUACUUCAGGAUUAUGUUUACAAUUGAUCCAGGUGUUUGUUUCUAACUUCUGUAAUACAUACAAUGCAAAAAAAAUAAAUAAAUGGCCACAACAGUUGCACAGUGCCCACCCUAUGGCCUAGCUUCAGGUACUUCAGUUGAAGUCUAAACUCAGGUAACUUGGAAUGUAUAUCAUAUUGGGAUAUUAAAUAUUUCACAGCUAAAAAGCUAAAGAGGGAACAUCACUCUUUUGCCUUUCCUUAUUUUCUGCAUUUCCCUUUCCUCAUUACAUUCCACAUUCUUAGAAUAAGAAGUGCAUUCAACCCUAGGAGAACAAUAAUCCUGGACAUGGGUGAACAUGAGGAGAACCAGCAAAUCUGUGGUGUCUGACAUCACUUUUGUCAUGCGGUUACAAGUAACACAACUGUUGAAUCCACUGUUUCAACAUGUGUAGAUGUGGCUUUUUUUUUUUUUUUUUAAACAAGUUCAGGUGUUGCUCAGUUAAUGACUGUUCUAAUGUUGCAAAUAAAGCGUCUGAUACCAGGCUGUAUGUAAACAUUCCAAUUGUGUGUAAUGGGAUUUAAAAACAAGAAAGUCUAGGUUUGAUUUCCAAACAAGUGAACUUUCCCAGGGGAUGAUGGAGAUUUCGUGUUUAUGUUGCCCAUCAGGGUCAUGAAAUGCCAUUGUUUUAGCUAAAGGCAUAUUAAUGUUCAGUUUCACUUUUGGAAAUGCUUUAAUUUGCAGGUUGAAAAAUGACACGCUUUUGGUUGUUUUCCUCAAGCACUUGAGGUGUGCGAGUCGCAUUUGUGUGGAGAGAGAGCAUGCGGGUCUCAGAUGCUGUGCACAUUAGGAAGCAGGUUCUUUGGUGACUUACAUGGCGGUCGCUCACAGCUGCCUCAUUGCGUCUCUCCUCACAAUAUCAUGGAUAGUUCUGGUGGUAUUUUGGAUGUGCAAAGUAAAGCCUAUACCCAAGUAAGCAGUCUUGAACUCACAGACUUGACCCGAAUUCUCAACAGUGUGAAGAGAGCCCUAGAUACUCUUGAGUGAUCAGUGGAAGAGCCCAGCUCUCAGACUUUGUUUUCUGCGGCACAAAGAGAGUAUCCUAAAGCAGAGGGAGGUUUUUGUAUUUUUAUUCCAUUGCUUCAGUUCAGUAAAACACAGAGUUGUUUCAUCUGUACCUACUACAGUAUAUGGCACAGUUUUCUUAACAGUUAGGGGAAUAGGUGCCUACAGUUAUAGGAACGUUUCAGUUCCUUUCAGUCAUUCCUCGGGAUUUCUUUGUUUUAUUUCCUAAGGAGGGUGAAGAAAGAAGAAGUGAUAAAGAAGAAAGCAACACCAUUGAUUUUUUUUUUUUUUUUAGAAAUGGUAUAUAUAUAUAUAUAUAUAUAUAUAUAUAUAUAU